AUGCUCGCAUGUAAGCCUUACGAUGACGUUGCUUGGGCGAUCAGCACCCAGAUCUGGGAGGACUGGCCGGAAUUUCUUCGCACUGAUGGGGACAUCUACAAUGAUAUUGGAGUCAUUCUUUCCGAAGAAUUCAGUGAUCUUCAAUGUGCCGUGUUUGAAUUUCUCUUCACAGGCGGUUUCAACACCUGUUUCAAGAUGAUGUUCACCAAUAACUCCGGCGCUGUUAUACGGUUUCCACUGCCUGGUCAUGUCAUGUUUCCUGAAGAAAAAGUCCGCAAUGAGGUCUCGGUCAUGCAAUUUCUCUUAGAGAAAACAUCAGAUAGAAUUCCCAUCACGGUGCCUUCCAUCCUUCGCUGGGCAGAGACAAAAGAGAGUCCCUCGGACUUGAGUCCUUUCAUCAUCAUGGACUAUAUUCACCACAAGGGAGAUAUGGGUGAUCUUCUAGAGAAGCCAGGACGCCAAGGAGGACAACGUCCAGUGCUUAAUCCGGACCUCAAGCCGGUCAGGCUGGAAGUUCUCUAUAUAAAACUAGCCAACAUUGUCCUUUCGCUGUCUACACUUUCUUUAAGCCGGAUAGGAUCCCUUGACAAGAAUGACGAUUCUACGUGGGAAGUUUCACGUCGGCCUCUGUCCUAUUUCAUGAACGAAACUGUGCAACUGGGGACGCUACCCCGAUCGAACCUACCGACCACCACGUACGAUAACGCGUCGUCGUACUUUGAAGCCCUGGCGGAGCUACACAUUUUACACCUCAGAAGCCAAAGGAACGAGGCGAAUAUUGAGGCGGAUGCCGAGGCAGAUGUCUUGGCGGAUGUCUUGGCGGAUGACUUCCGGCGCAAAUUUGUGGCUAGAUUUCUCUUCCGGAAACUUGUCCGAGACCAGGAGCAGAGAAAGCAAUGGAUAUCCUAUGAUGAUGGCCCAUUUCCGGUUUGGUGUGAUGAUCUUCGACCCGAAAACGUUCUAGUUGAUGAAGCUGAAAACAUCGCUGGAGUGGUGGAUUGGGAGUUUACAUAUACCGCCCCAGUCGAAUUUGCUUAUGCGCCGCCUUGGUGGCUUCUUCUAAAAAAGCCGGAAGAUUGGCCCGAAGGCCUCGAUGACUGGUGUACGGAGUAUGAGAAAGCGCUUCAGGUUUUUCUUGAGGCAAUGCGGAAAUGCGAAGACGAGGCAAUCCAGAAGAAACAGUUAGUAGAAGGCCAGCGGCUAUCUAGUCGGAUGCGGGCCAGUUGGCAGAGUGGAGACUUGGAUUAUCGAUUCUACGGACCGACCACAUACGAAGACGACAAUAUUUGCGAUGUAUGGCGGAAGCGACUUCAUCUCUUGGAACCUGAAGAGCAGGAGCUUGUGGAGGUAUAUGUGGAUUUGAAGCUCAAGGAGAGGAACACAUGGAGUCUCGCUUGGGACGCGGAUGAGUACACCGUGGGGUGGAUCAAGAGGAUGAAGGAGAUGAAGAGGAAACAGAGAGAGGGGGAGGAAGGAGAUCUAUGCUGA